GAAACGAGGUUCAUCUUACUACAGCUUAAACUCUAUCAUCCCUUGUGAGUAGGUAUGUCUGCUCCUUUGAAGGAUGUUCUCCUUGUUGGUUUAGGAGCGGUUGGGACGAUAUAUGCCCACAUUUUGAAGAAAAGUGGUUUAGCUCGUGUCACCGCUGUCGCCAGGAGUAAUUACGAUGCCGUCAACGCUCAUGGGAUGCACAUUAAAAGCGUAAAGUACGGGGAUAUACCGUCGUGGAGACCUGACCGGUUGGUAAGAUCUGUUGCAGAAGCUACCGAUCGGCCCUACUCGUACGUUGUUUUGACCACAAAGGCAAUCCCAGAACUAAUCCGAACGCCCGCUCUCUUGGCACCUCUCCUCGAGUCUCCAUAUGCCGCUACACAUCCCCAGCCAACCUAUGUCCUUUUGCAGAACGGACUUAAUGUAGAAAGGGAUCUUUAUCAUAGCUUGAUGGCUCUGGAUAAAGGAGAACCGAGCAUUAUCAGCUCUAUUGUCUGGAUCGGUACCAAUCUCAUCGAUAAAAACGCGGUAGCCCAUAAUCAUUUCGACAGGGUGUCACUGGGAGUGUACAGACAUGGAGACCAUCUGAUAACGACCAACAGCCCACAAGAAGCCGAGCUUCUCAACGAUUUUGGCGCCAUGCUUGAGGCUGGGGGUACGGAACUCACGAUUGUACCGGAGAUCCAGCGCGUGAAGUUCACAAAGAAUUUCUGGAACAUUGCUUUUUCCUCGUUCUCAGCUCUGACCCGGUCUCCGCUGACCGCUAUAUUUCGGCCACCCCCUGGACCUGGCCAGUCGUUCGAACCGUAUGUGUCGCCAGCGACGGCGGAUUAUGUGAAGGAGUAUACGAUACCAAACAUACGUGCCACUCUCUGCGAACUUUUAGCUCUAGGGCGAGCGGUGGGAUUCACUGAUGCGCCUGGUGGUUUACCUUCCACUCUCGUUGACACUACAAUCGAGAACACGAGGAAGCAGCACGUGGAUCCGGAACACAAGUACCUCCCGAGCAUGCUACUCGAUGUUGAAAAGGGGCUUCCAAUCGAAGUGGAGGUGAUCUUUGGUGAGGUGGUGAGGAUGGCGAGGGAGAGGAAUGUCGACGUCCCUCGUAUCGAGACCUUAUAUGCUCUUCUUACAAUCGUACAGAACCAGAUACUGCGAAAGAGGGAAUCACAGGUGGGCUAGACAUCCUCGGAACCCGAGAAAGACCAAUGCUUGUUGAGAGUUGACAACAAACAUAGUAUGGCUAGUUAGAUUGCCAAGGGUGUGUGCAUGAUGCCUACCUAGCCAAGUCAGAAAACCCAUAAUAAAACCCAUUUCACCAUAGUGGCAAAACUUGUCAGGUAAAAGUUCUAUUAAACGUAUUCAUAUAAACAUCUACUUUGGCCAGAUGGUUAUGGAUGAAAACCUUGUACAUGCCGCCCAUCGGCAUAUUUUUAUUUAAACACCCCUCUCACUAAUACUGUAGUUAACUGUCAGUUCGGAUGGGGGGGGGGCUAUUCGG